AUGGGGACACAUGCUUUGGCUUAUCGUUAUGAGAAAAAACACGGCAGUAGAAAGAAAAGCAUGUGCAAAACAGACUUCAAGCAAGAGCUUUUCUGGACAGCAGCGCGGACACUACACAGCUCAUUUACAGUUAACCGCAUCCUGUCUCCAUCAUGUCUUCAGUCACCUCCAGACUCACUGAAGGCCAGAGAAAGAAAGUCCUCUCUCUUUUUAAUCACUCUCAGCUGCACCUGUUGCCCCACCAUCUGCGUGGCUUACAACAACUCUGGAUUUGUCUUUGGGGCAUACACCACUAAGGACUAUCUUCAAACUAAUGAAAAUGUCAUUGACGGCUCUGCAUUUUUGUUCAGCAUGAGUGAGGAGAGGCCCAGACCAGUGCGGGUGGGAGUGAACGCUGGGCAGCCUGCUUUUGUGGACACAGCCACUGGUCCAAACUUUGGUGCUUUGCAGUUUCUACAUGACAACACAGCUAAUAUUGCAUGCCCUGGAGGAGCAGCGUACACCUUCAAUGCAGAUGAGCUGCAUGGGAACGACUUGGCUUUGACAGAAUUUGAAGCGUAUCGAGUGGAAGAGUUGGGCGGAAUCCUGGAGCAGCCCUGGAGGAAGGUUCAGUGGGAAGAAAAGUAA